CGAGCAGCUCCCAGGAUCACGUGGGCCACGGCCCCACCCCUCAGAGACAGUCCCCCGCGGGGAUGGCGGUCGCGCGUGCGCAGAGACGAGCGCUCGCUGCGGCGCGGUCCGCAGCGGAGGGGGCGCGAACAGCCUGGGGCGGCGGAUGGAUCCGCGGGGCCUGACAGGCUUGGGGCCCAGCUCCCGUGGGCAGUUGGGCGAGGCGGCGGUGGCGGCCGCGGAGGAACCGGAGGCGCCCGCGGCGGCGGCGGUGGUGGUGGCGGCGGGCGCCACUCCGGAGGAGCAAGAGGAGGAUGAGGGCCGCAAUCGGGGCCUGCUGCGUUGGGAUGGCUUCUCCGCCUGGCUGCACUGCGUGUGCGUGGUGGGCUUCGACCUGGAGCUGGGCCAGGCCGUGGAGGUAAUUUAUCCUCAACAUUCCAAACUAACUGAUAAAGAAAAAACCAAUAUUUGCUAUUUGUCUUUUCCAGAUUCAAAUUCAGGUUGUCUUGGAGAUACCCAGUUUUGUUUUAGAUUUCGACAGUCUUCUGGGAGGAGGGUAUCACUGCAUUGUCUCCUGGAUCAAUUUGACAAAGAUUUACCAGUUUACUUAAAGAAGGAUCCUGCUUAUUUUUAUGGAUAUGUGUAUUUCCGACAAGUUCGAGAUAAAACUCUAAAAAGAGGCUACUUUCAAAAGUCCUUGGUUUUGAUCAGCAAACUGCCCUAUAUUCACUUUUUCCAUACUGUGCUCAAACAGAUAGCACCAGAAUAUUUUGAAAAGAGUGAACCUUAUUUGGAAGCAGUUUGUCAUGAUGUUGAUCGAUGGCCUGCCCCAGUGCCAGGGAAAACAUUAGACCUUCCUAUUAUGGGGAUGGUAAUGAAGGUACGGAUUCCUACAUGCUAUGACAAGCCUGGAACAACACAAAUGGUGCAGAUGACUCAACAGGCAGACACACAGAUAUCUGUUAUUUUGCCUACUGUUCAUGAGGUGGAUCUUUUCAGGUGUUUCUGCCCAGUUUUUCUUCACAGUCAGAUGCUUUGGGAGCUAGUACUGUUGGGGGAACCUCUUGUAGUCAUGGCACCAUCACCGUCAGAAUCAUCAGAAACUGUAUUGGCACUUGUUAACUGUAUUUCUCCAUUGAAGUACUUCAGUGAUUUCCGACCUUAUUUCACAAUUCAUGAUAGCGAGUUCAAAGAAUAUACUACCCGUACUCAAGCCCCGCCCCCAGUCAUAUUAGGAGUAACCAACCCUUUUUUUGCUAAAACUCUCCAACACUGGCCGCACAUUAUUCGAAUAGGAGACCUAAAACCUGCAGGUGAAAUUCCUAAGCAAGUUAAGGUGAAAAAAUUGAAAAACCUGAAGACUUUGGAUUCUAAACCUGGAGUUUAUACAUCUUAUAAGGCAUAUCUAAAUAGAGAUGAAGAGAUCAUAAAACAAUUACAAAAGGGUGUACAACAGAAACGUCCUUCUGAGGCUCAAAGCGUCAUUCUCAGACGUUAUUUUUUGGAACUGACACAAAGCUUCAUUAUUCCUUUAGAAAGAUACGUGGCAAGCCUGAUGCCUUUGAAAAAAAGUAUUUCUCCAUGGAAGAGUCCACCCCAGUUGAGACAGUUCCUCCCAGAAGAAUUUAUGAGAACACUUGAGAAAACAGGACCUCAGUUGACGUCCAGAAUAAAAGGCGAUUGGAUUGGACUUUACCGGCAUUUUCUAAAAUCUCCAAAUUUUGAUGGUUGGUUUAAGACUCGGCGGAAGGAAAUGACCCAGAAAUUGGAGGCACUCCAUCUGGAAGCUCUUUGUGAAGAGGACUUGCUUCUCUGGAGCCAGAAACACUCAGAAGUGGAAACAGUGGACCUUGUAUUGAAGUUAAAAAGUAAACUGAUGCAGGCUGAUCGAGAGCUUUUACCUGUGAAACCUGACACUGUGGAAAAGCUACGGAUGCACAUAGAUGCAAUUAUCUUAGCAUUGCCAGAGGACCUGCAAGGCAUACUGCUUAAAACAGGCAUGACGUGAUGUUGCCAGAAAUCUCCAGCCAAGAGGAAUUGUGCACCAUGAAGCAGACUGACAUUUCAAAGAUGCACAAAAGAGACAUUGGGAGUGAAAAACAACCAUGAUGCACAUACGGGGUGAAAAGACUGCUGUAUUUACGAAUCGUUUUAGUGCAUUGUUUUUAAAAGUGUGUAUCUGUGGGGGUUUCAACUUAAUACUGAAACACAAAAGGCAUAUAUUUUUUAAUCACGUUAUAAAGUGCUCUUAUGAGAGACCUGUGGGGCCAUCAGUAUAAGUGUUUCCAAACUGCAGUGCUGGCAUUGCAAAUAUUUUUUUAAAUUGGUUUUUUUUAAUUGGUGCUGCUUUGCCCAAUCAUGUUAAACCUCAGGGGAUAUAAAAUUAACAUUCACACUGGCUGUCUUCUUAAAAAGAAGGAAAAAACUGAACUAUCAUUAUGAGUUGUAAUUAAUGCUUUUGUAGUGCCUUCAUUGUCCUACAUGUUUCAUAAAAUCCAGCUGCUAGUUUUGAAGCUUUUGAUUACAAUAUAUAAUUUUAUAAGGCAUUAUUUUUACUUUUUUUUUUUUUUUUUUUCAGAUCUAGGGCCUCAUACAUGUGUGAUUUCACCACUCCCAGGAGACUGAUUUUUUCAGAGGGAGAGGGAGAAGGAGAGGGAAAGAGAAAAAAGAACAGCCCCAGAGCUUCCUCCAGUGCCAUGGUACUUCCAUGUGGUUCCAGGGCUUGAACUUGGGCCACAGGCAUGGCAAAGUAUAUGCUCUACUGUGUGGGUUAUAUUUCCAGGCCUUAUAUGAUAAUAUUUUGAAUAAUCAUUGCUAAAAAAAAAUUUUCUUGCCUCACAUCAUGUUUACCUGAAGCAGCAUGGUGUUUUUUGUUUGUUUGUUUUUUCCUUCACUUGUCCUAGAAGUUUCACUUCAUUGUUUUCUGUUUUGUUUUCAAAUUUAAUCUUAUCAGUUUAUCUAAAAACUAAGUCCUUCAUAUUAAUUAUGUGUUCAUUUCCUCUUACCCUUUAUUAAUUGGACCUGUGUAAGUUAAGUAGCUAGAUGUUUUUCAAAGAUUUCUAGUUGUAAAUGUCAUAAUGGACUCUUUUGAAAUUGAACUAUUCAUAUUCUAAAGGCACUCAAGCCUUUUGAAAGUCAUUUGAGUAAUGUUAAGAUUGAUUUCCAAUAUUAUUUCCCCUCAAAACACUUUCCCAAUGUUUAACAUGGGAACUUUUUUCUGAAUCACUGUUCUAACUAGGCUUCCUUUCUUUCUCUCUCUCCCUCCCACUUCCCUUUUCUCCCUCCUUCUUUUUUGUCAUUGUUGUGUUUGUGUCUGUUUUGUUUAAGUACAUUACUUUGCCAAAAAUAGAAGAUAAAGGUUUGAUAAAGCUUUUUAUUUUAUGUUUAAUAGCUGUGUCCUAUAUACAGUACAGAAACCACUAUUAAAAAUGGGCACAUAUGAUGUAGCACAUAUGUAAAUAGCUAUGUCUUAAGUUACUCUUAGUAACCAAAUUUAGUUAGAUGUAUUUGUAAAAGCAAUGUCUUCAGAAACUAUCUCUUGCUUUCUGUUAAUAUAAUUAUAAAGGGCACACCUGACCCCCAGAAAGGCUCCUUGUAACUGUGGUUUUAUACUCAAAAUGUGCCCUUUUCUUAUAGAAAUAGACUGUUAAAGCAUACCUCAAAGUCAUAGUAUAUGCAUUUGAAAAAAAUCAUUUGCCUUGGAUCAUAAGAAUUAUUUUGUGAAACAACAGUUGUCCUUGUGGAAAAGGGGUGACUAUUUUUAUAUAUGCUAAAGUAUUUCAUAUCUUUCUGGGAACCCUUACUUAGGUAUAAAUGAUCAUCUUAUUUUUCAAAAAGGUGUAUUUUAAUAAUCUUAAAAUUUAUAUGCAGUUUUUGACCAGGAUUUGAAAGUUGUUAGUGUCAUAUCAAGGAUCUUUUAAAUUAUACCACUACAAGAUAUAUCAUUUUAUUUUGCACAGCUAAGGCAUAGCAAAGGAUGUCGAUUAAUAGUUUCUUCAUAUAUGUUAUACUUAACUAAAAUUUAAUACUUGUUGAAAGCCAUUUAAUACUUACCCAGUUUAUUAAUUUCAAAUUAUGUACUGAAAAAAAUAACAAAGUUGCAUUGGUAACAUGAGAAAGAUUGGUAACUUUUUGGGGGGAGGGUUGUAGUUUAAAGAAUUAUCUCUGAAUUUUUUAAGCUGACAUUGUUAAUUACAAUUAAAAAAAAAAACACCUACCAUUUAAUGUUUAUCUUCACCAGCAUCAGAAGGAAUCUCUACCUUCAGGGUAUUAUGUAAUGCAUAGUGCCUUCUGUUGUGAGUGAAAAAGAGACUUUAUGAAGGCAUUUAUGGUCAUUACCAAAAAUUGUAUUAAAGGCCUUGGAUUUUAAA